UUUGCCGGUGCGGUGUCGCCCCCUGGCGGCGGCGGCGCGGCGCGGCGGGUCCGGCAUGAGCGAGGCGCGGCUGCGGGCCGGGCGCGGCCCCGGCGGGGCCCGAGACCCCCAGGACAAGGAGUCAGAGUCUGAGAACAGGCUGGAUGGAGAGACAGCGUCAGACAGCGAGAGCAAGUCCGAGUUUGGGGGCUCCUCCCCCGUGCCCACCUCAGAUGACACCCCCGAGGUGCUGAACAGGGCCCUCUCCAACCUGUCCUCGAGAUGGAAGAACUGGUGGGUGAGAGGGAUCCUCACGCUGGCAAUGAUCACCUUCUUCUUCAUCAUCAUCUACCUGGGCCCCAUGGUCUUGAUGACAAUAGUGAUGUGUGUGCAGAUCAAAUGCUUCCACGAGAUCAUCACCAUCGGCUACAACGUGUACCACUCCUACGACCUGCCCUGGUUCAGGACGCUCAGCUGGUAUUUCCUGCUGUGUGUGAAUUAUUUCUUCUACGGGGAGACAGUGACUGAUUAUUUCUUCACGCUGGUGCAGAGGGAGGAGCCCCUGAGGAUCCUCAGCAAAUACCAUCGCUUCAUCUCCUUCGCCCUCUACCUCACAGGGUUCUGCAUGUUUGUGCUGAGCCUGGUGAAGAAGCACUACCGCCUCCAGUUCUACAUGUUUGGCUGGACCCACGUGACGUUGCUGAUCGUGGUCACCCAGUCCCACCUCAUCAUCCACAACCUCUUUGAAGGAAUGAUCUGGUUCAUCGUGCCCAUCUCCUGUGUGAUCUGCAACGACAUCAUGGCCUACAUGUUCGGCUUCUUCUUCGGCCGCACGCCGCUCAUCAAGCUCUCCCCAAAGAAGACCUGGGAGGGUUUUAUUGGAGGAUUUUUUUCCACUGUUCUGUUUGGGCUGCUGCUGUCCUACGUGAUGUCGGGGUACCGCUGCUUCACCUGCCCCGUGGAGUUCAACAACGACACCAACAGCUUCACCGUGGACUGCGAGCCCUCGGAGCUCUUCCAGCUGCAGGAGUACAACAUCCCCGUGCUGCUGCACUCCGUGCUGGGCUGGAGGACCGUGAGGAUGUACCCCUUCCAGAUCCACAGCAUCGCCCUGUCCACCUUCGCCUCCCUCAUCGGGCCCUUCGGCGGCUUCUUCGCCAGCGGCUUCAAGAGGGCCUUCAAGAUCAAGGACUUUGCCAACACCAUCCCAGGCCACGGGGGGAUCAUGGACCGCUUCGACUGCCAGUACCUGAUGGCCACCUUUGUCAACGUGUACAUUGCCAGCUUCAUCAGGGGCCCCAACCCGAGCAAACUGAUCCAGCAGUUCCUGACCCUGAGGCCAGAGCAGCAGCUGCACAUCUUCAACACUCUCAAAGCACACCUGGUGGACAGGGGAGUGCUGGCCAGCCUGGAGGACGCAUAGGCAGGAGCUUGGAGCAGGACUGAGAGCACACAGGCCUCCUCCAGGGAGUUCCCUGAUUUAAGACAAUAACAAGGCCUCAUUUCACUGUAACUUUUCUUCCUUUCUUGGUAAAUGUUUGCAUUUGUGGUUUA